AAAUUUGACUGACUUGAACAUAAACCGGUGACGAGUUUGCGAGCGACGGAGAGAUCUGGGGCGAUGAGUUGCCGGAGAUUCUUCUCGAUCCCGGUCCUUUCGGUGAUUCUGGUGAUUUGUUUAGUCUACUACGUCACGCUCUUCGUUUUUCUCGAUGACUGGGUUGGUCUACGAAGCUCACCUGGGAAACUAAACGCAUUGGUCUUCAGCUUCUUCGCCUCUCUCUGUCUCGUUUCCCUCUCCAUUUGCGUUCUCGUAGAUCCAGGUCGUGUCCCAUCGUCUUAUGCUCCUGAUGUUGAGGCUUCUAGCUGGUCCAAUAACGGUAAAGAAGCAAGGAAAUGUGAUAAGUGCUUUGCUUAUAAGCCUCUUCGGACUCACCAUUGUCGAGUUUGUAGAAGAUGCGUCUUGAAGAUGGACCACCAUUGCGUAUGGAUAAAUAACUGUGUUGGCUAUGCAAACUAUAAGGCUUUCUUCCUUCUUGUGUUUUACGCAACUGUGGCUUGCAUCUACUCAACAGUAUUGCUAGUUUGCUGCGUUUUCAAGAACGGGGACUCAUACGCAGGAAAUGUUCCACUAAAAACCUUCAUGGUAGCUUGUGGGGUCUUCAUGAUCGGACUAAGCAUAACACUGGGGACUCUCCUUGGUUGGCAUAUCUACCUGAUCGCACACAAUAUGACCACCAUCGAGCAUUAUGAUUCAAAGCGGGCCUUGUGGUUAGCUAAAAAAUCUGGACAAAGCUUUAGGCAUCAAUUCGAUCUUGGCGUUUACAAAAACAUCACCUCGGUGUUAGGGUCAAACAUAAUCAAAUGGCUAUGCCCCACAUUCACUAGGAAUACUGAAGAUGGUGUAAACUUCUCUGCUUCCAGAGACAGCUAGCUCUAAAAAAAAGUUCAUUAACCAAUCAAAUUGUAUACACACUUGUACAAAAUUUUGGAACAAAGUUCGUUGUCUUAAAAGAUGAUAUGUUCUGUAAUAUUGGGUUUUAUUGUCUCAUAAGAAAAUAAUGGGGUUAAUCUGA